AAGUCCUGUGUCAUUGAUCUUACGUCGAGAUUCAUGUGGAUAUUUUCUUUUUUUGAGAUGCUUACUUCUAUAGUAUAUGAAUCUUUUUUGCAAGAAAAGACCAAACCAGAUUAAUGAUGCAAAUAUUCCAGCUUUGACUGUUGCAGUAAAACAAGGGCACGCUUUACUUUUUUUCCGACUGUAAUUGCUUGAAGUGUUCCCUGCACCGCAAGUCGAAAACACGCACGUGUUCUGGUCUUCUGGAUCACCGCGUUAAGGCGGUACGGUUAGAUGUCUGAUACUUCUGAAGAAAGUUUGUUUUAGCUUACUUGGUUGAUUGAAGGGGCAUCAAAUUGCAUCGACCACAUGCUGAAAACACGCAUGCACGCAAUCUGGACUGAGGCAUUAAGGCGGCAUCAUCAUAAACAACAAGCACUUGUUUCAAAAAAAUAAAUAAAGAACAAGCACAUUUCGUCAAGUCGGUUAGAAUGUGAAGAAGGAGCACUUCGUAAGUCGGCUUUUUUUUGGGGGGGAGUAACUUAAGUCGGCUUGCUCAACGAUAAAAGGCAGAGUAGUUUUCAACCAGAGUACAAAAUCAGAGGUAGAGUCCGGUCCGGGCCCAAUUCUUACGUCCUCUCCUUAUAUAUAAAAAAAUUCUUCUAAAAAAAUAUAUAUAAAAAAGGUGCAGAUUGCGAUCGGAAAAAGCAAGGCAGCCAUGGAGGCCCGACCCAGCAAAACCUUGGAUGAUCCCACGGCCGUCGUGCCCCGCCCUCCCUGGGUGCUGCUCGAUCGGCUCGGCCACCGCGAGGACCAGGCCGACGCCGACGCGGCCACCGUGGCGUCGUCCCGCACCUCCACCGGCACGGUCAUCAGCGUGUCGUUCCGGUUCGCCGCGCCACCGGCGACCUCCCGCCUCUACCUCCGUUGGCCGUCUGGACCGAGCAGGGAGGACUCGUCUUUCGCGUACCCCCGCGUCGUCGCCGCGCACGACGACUCCGUUCUCCUCCAGCUCACCGUUUCCUCCCGCAGCAUCGAUUACUUCCUCUACAAGGCGAGGGGCGCCCGGCCGCCGUCUCUGUCGCUGCUUCCCCGGUCCGCGCUCACCAGGAAGGGCAUCGGCAUCCUGCGCCGCCGCGGCGAGGGCGCGUUCGCCGUGGCCGAGCUCCGCACGGCUGGCGGCGACGGCACGCCGGUGGCGUUCGACCUCUGCGUGCUGCUCUCGCCGGGCCCCGGGCCGUCCGAGUCCGACAAGUGGGAGGUGAGGCGCGUGAAGGUCCUCGACGGCAGGGGCAAGGACCUGGCGCUGCAGUGCUGGGAAACCGACGCCGUCGUGCCCGUCGGCGGCCGGUUCCUGUGCUGGGUCGACUACUACCGUGGCAUCCUGGUCGGCCGCGUGUUCGCCGACGGCGGCUCCGCGCUCACGUACGUGCCGCUGCCCGUCGACACCCCAUGGGCGAAGCCCGACCACGGCCAGGAGUGCCCCGAGGCGUCCCGGAGCGUCUGCGUCACCGCCGGGGACACGGUGAAGUUCGUCAGCGUCGACCGCGGCCUGCUCUUCGUCUUCACCGUCACCAUCUGGACCCUGGGCAAGGCGCGGGACGGCAGCAUGGAGUGGGAGAAGGACGGCGAGUUCCGUGCCGCCGAGCUCUGGGCCUUCUCCGGCUACGAGCACCUCCCGCGUGUCCCGCCGGAGUACCCCGUCGUGAGCAUGGCCGACCCCGACGCGCUCUGCUUCAUGGUGAGCGAGGGACGCCACGGCCACGCUGGUGUCGAAGCCGGGGGAGACGACACGGUGUGGCUGGUCGAGGUCGACACGAGGCGCAGAGCGGUGCGGUCAGUGUCCCGCUUCUCCAAAGAAGAGACGAGGGACAUGUCAGGGCGUGCCUCCCUAAACAUGUUUCAUGGCCAUGCCUUCCUUCCCAGCGAGGUCACCACGUACGUACACGAGCAGUAGUCAAAUGUGCUCGUCCUUCUUCCAGAUCCAGGCUACUAGGCAUCAGUCUCACACUUGCAAACUCAAGUUUCAGGGACCGUCUAAGGCUUAAGCCAACUGAAACUUGCGUUUCAUUUUACCUUUUUUUGGUCGGACAACGCUCUUUAUUUAUUUAUUCAGUAACGUUUAUAAAGGGAUAGAAAGAUUACUAGGA